UUUUGAUCGAAUCGUUCACUCACGAGCCAACACUAGUGGCUGCACGUGAUGGACAACUUUUGCGAGGAUCGUGUUCAGGUGCCAUUUGGAACCAAAUGUUUGGAGGCUGCAUUGUGUGUUCCUACCUCAGAUCAUCAAAUUAACACUGCUGUCAUACUAACCCAUGGAGCUGGUGGAGACAUGAACUUCAACCAUCUCGUUUCUCUGGCACACUCUUUAGCCUCAAAGGGCUUCCUGUGUCUCCGAUUCACAUGUAAAGGUUUAAACCUGGCUUAUAGAGUGAAGGCUUAUCGUGCUGUGUGGCAAUACUUGAAAUCAUUACCAAACUUGACCAUAAAAAAUACAUUCUUUGGAGGCAGGUCGAUGGGUUGUCGCGCUGCCGCUGCCUUGGCUAAGCAGUUAAGUGAUGAAUCGGAAGAUGCUGUUCAGGGUGUCGUCUGUUUGUCCUUCCCCCUACAUCCCCCAGGACAGACUCACGUCCAUCAACAGCGCAGCGAAGAUCUCCGGGGGCUACCUGAAAGUAUGGCUGUCCUCUUUGUUUCAGGCACAGAGGACAACAUGUGUGAUAAGGUCCUUUUUGAGAAAACAGUAAAGAAGAUGAGUGCUCAAGUGGAGGUUUUCUGGCUGAGUGGGGGAAGUCAUGGCCUGAAAGUGUUAGGAAGGUCAGAAGAGUCUGUAUUAGAGGAGAUGAACACUCAUAUUAUCACCUGGCUCACCGAAUGGGGAGCAUAGGUAAAAUUACUCUGUCCAUCUUUUUGUAAUUUGUGUUGUGAAGUACCGUAGGGUGGCGAUAAAUCUGUGAGGUGUUUCAAAUAUG